AUGCUCGGUCACGUUGUUGCUCAAAAGCGGGGGGGACGCCGCAAAAAGAGAGCCUCCAUGGUUCCUGAUACUCCAAAGGAAAAAGAUCAUAAUUCCAAUACUCGGAAAACAAGGAAAGCUGUUCAAGAUGUAUCUAACCACAAAAUUACUGAGUAUUUUCCCGUUCGUCGAAGUAGUAGAAAGACUGGAAAGCAGAUAGAGGAAGAGGAAAGAUAUGUUCUUCAAGAAGCCAUUUUUACCGGCUCUAACGAGGAGCAUUUGUUUGUAUAUUGUGACCCUGUGAAAGGUCGUGGAAUUAAAGCAGGACGUAGCUUCCAGAAGAAUGAAUUCGUAGUAGAAUAUAAAGGCGAUAUGAUGGAGUACUCCAUAGCGAAGAAUCGCGAAAUUGAAUAUUCACAAGACCCGAACAUAGGGUCUUACAUGUAUUUCUUCACUUAUAAAGAUAAGAGGUGGUGUAUUGAUGCUACCAAAGAAAGCAAACACAAAGGGCGUCUAAUUAAUCAUAGUUAUCUUAGACCAAAUUUGAGAACCAAAGUAGUCGACUUCCAUGGGUCUCAUCAUUUGAUAUUGGUAGCUAAACGCGAAAUAAAAGUAAACGAAGAGCUUUUAUAUGACUACGGAGAUCGUUCGCCAGAAACGAUCGCUAAAAACCCUUGGUUGAUGACAACCUAA